GUCCAGAACAGUGCAUCUGUUAAAUUAUAGGUGGACAUUCACACUCCUCAAUCAAAGUUUCCACCCUCCUUCCUAUCUCCCCAAAACAAACCCUGGGUUUCUGCUAACUUGCAAUUUAGCCUGUGCCAUUGUUUCCCCCCACUUUGCAGUCUUCUGCUGAUUUACCAUGUACUUUGUCCUUGCAGGCAAUCACUCUGCGAUCAUAUCCAAAUGCAAGAUACCCCCUACAUAUCCAAUUGUAUUGUAAGUGUCUUUGUGUUUUUUAGAGAACCAAAUGAACAGAUGGUCAGAAAUCCGAAUUCUUCAUCAACACCACUGAGCAACAGCCCUCUGUCCCCUGUCAAAAGCAGUUUUCCUGGACAAACUGGUGUCUCUUCUCUCAAACCAGGCCCACUCCCACCUAACCUGGAUGAUCUCAAGGUCUCUGAAUUAAGACAACAGCUUCGAAUACGGGGCCUACCGGUAUCAGGCACCAAAACAGCUCUCAUGGACCGGCUUCGACCCUUCCAGGACUGUUCUGGCAACCCCAUGCCCAACUUCGGGGACAUCACGACUGUCACUUUUCCUGUUACACCCAACACGCUGCCCAGUUACCAGUCCUCCCCUUCCACCAGUGCCUUAUCCAAUGGCCUGUACCACUUCGGCAGCACCAGCUCCAGCCCCCCGAUCUCGCCUGCCUCAUCUGACCUGUCGGUGGCCGGGUCCCUGCCUGACACCUUCAAUGAGGCGUCCCCGUCCUUCGGCCUGCACCCAUCCCCAGUGCACGUCUGCACGGAGGAGAGUCUCAUGAGCAGCCUGAAUGGGGGCUCGGGUCCUUCCGAGCUCGACGGGCUGGACUCCGAGAAGGACAAGAUGUUGGUGGAGAAGCAGAAGGUGAUCAAUGAGCUCACCUGGAAACUUCAGCAAGAGCAACGGCAGGUGGAAGAGCUGAGGAUGCAGCUGCAGAAACAGAAGAGCAGUAACUGUGCUGAGAAGAAGCCGCUGCCAUUCUUGGCUGCCCCCAUUAAGCAGGAAGAUGCCAUUUCCAGCUGCCCUUUCACCUCACAACAAAUACACGCCAAAGGACAAAACCACAGCACGGAGAUUCAACCACAGGCCUGCGAAGCUGCUCAACUCCUGCCCCUUGGCAACACCCACUGUGGGGAAUCCUCAGGUCAAACCAAUGUACUUUCUUCCACAUUUCUCAGCCCCCAGUGCUCCCCGCAGCACUCGCCACUUGGAGCUGUGAAGAGCCCACAACACAUCAGUCUGCCCCCAUCACCCAACAGCCAUUACUUCCUGCCCUCUUCCUCCGGGGCUCAGGGAGAAGGACCCGGGAUGUCCUCACCCAGCAGCCAGGUGUGCGCCACGAAGAAUUCAGGAGCACAUGAUGGCCAAACUCCAAACUUCUCUCCCCGGUCUUCUGGCCUCCACACCACUUUCUCUGGAGCCCAGACAGACAGUAGUCAAGGUGCUGGGAGCAACGUUUGUCCCCAAAGCCCAGGUGUACAGCCAAAGAGAGCUGGUUUACAUUCUUCUGAUAAGGUGGGGCCAAAGUUUUCAAUUCCAUCCCCAACUUUUUCUAAAUCAAGUUCAACAGUUUUAGAGAUAACACAGCCUCCAUCCUAUGAAGAUGCAUUAAAGCAGCAAAUGACCCGGAGUCAACAGAUGGAUGAACUCCUGGAUGUCCUCAUUGAAAGUGGAGAAAUGCCAGCUGAUGCCAGAGGAGAUCAUUCAUGUCUUCAGAAAGUCCCAAAGACACCGGGACCCUCUCAAAGCCCUACCAUCAUCCUCCCCAAGCCCUCAGGUUCCUUUGAGCAAGCAUCUUCUGGAGGCCAGCUCGCCUUUGAUCACUAUGUCACUGACAGUGACGAGCACCUGGAAGUCUUAUUAAAUUCCCACAGCCCCUUAGGAAAGGUGAGUGAUGUCACCCUUCUCAAAACUGGGGGUGAGGAGCCUCCUUUCGAUGGGAUCAUGGAUGGCUUUUCUGGGAAGGCAGCAGAAGACAUCUUCAACACACAUGAGAUCCUGCCAGGCCCCCUCUCCCCAAUGCAGACACAGUUCUCACCCUCUUCUGUGGACAGCAGUGGGCUGCAAUUAAGCUUCACUGAGUCUCCUUGGGAAACCAUGGAGUGGCUAGACCUCACCCCACCAAGUUCCAUGCCAAGCUUUAGCUCCCUUGCCACCAGUGGCCCCAGCAUCUUCAACAUUGACUUCCUGGAUGUCACCGAUCUCAAUUUGAAUUCCCCAAUGGACCUUCACUUACAGCAGUGGUAGAAUGCCUGACAAAUAAGUGCUAAGGAAAACCAAUAGGAAUUCCACGGGGAAGAACACACAGCCAUAAAUACUUAUGUUAUCAAAGAAGAAGAUUCAAAAGAAGCAAUGCAGACUUCUGUGACAAUCAACAAGAACAAAUAGGAGUCAUUUUUAAAAAAAAAAAAAUAUAUAUAUAUAUAUAUAAUGUGAUAUUUACCAACAUUCGGUAACUGUUAAUCAUUUCAACAAUGCAUUCAAAACUAUGCUUUCUCAGAUUAGGGAUGCCAAAGAAAAUUCUUUCACUGCCUUUUCAAAUACCAACAUUUUUUUCUAGCCCAUAAUUUUUCUCAGGCAUUGGUGUGGCAUAAGUUCACACUGUAAGCUUUUGGCAUGACUCUACUAGACAUACUGUGGGAAGAAAACAUUAAAAGUCUUUGGAGAAUACAGGGAAGGUUGUUCUUCAAAGGUUACAGGGAACAUAGCCACAGUGGAUCUUACUUCCCAUAUCUCUAUUAUCUAGUUUUCAGAAGAGCAGUCAGGUCCAGCUUCAGAUUAGGGACUCCUCAAGGCAGAAGAGAGGGGCAGAACCAAUGCAUUCCUAGAAAAGUAAAUUCAAUUCGAUGUCCCUCACCGCCCUACUAGAGUGGUUCAAAUCCAGGACUUUGUGGACACUCAUAACAACUAAUUUGCAUUGAGUCUAGAGAACUCCAGCUCGAAUUUUUCUCUUUUUCAUCCAGUCACCCAGAAAUUCCCACCAUCUCCAUUCUAAUAAACAUUAUGUAAUAGGUGAGAACCUUGGACAGGAAAACCUCCUGCCAUGGAAAGAGGUUCCUUACGUUCUCUAACAUAACCCCCUUUGAUUCCAAAGACUAGAGAUAAGCAGACAGAAGGAUGUCUCUAGGCAGAGGAAGCUGAAUCAGGGAUAAUUUAGAUAGGACUAGAGAACAGUAUUGUUUUUCAUAUUCUGGUAAGAAAUACCACAUAUUACUAUUUCGAGAAUGUUACUUAGAGAGGUCCAACUUCUUUUGUUUCUUAAUUAUGGGAAGAGGGGGUCCACCUCAAUUUAUCUUUCUUCUACUCUACUUUGCUUUCAAAAUAGCAAUCCUUUCUUGCUCCUCUUUUGACAUUUUUUUUUGUCCCAACAUUGAGAGGGGAGGACUGCUCAGUUCUAAUAAGCUGCCAUACUUCUGAUAAAGCCAUUUUUUUAGAAAGUUAAAAGUCCAAGUUCUCCUGCAGAACUCAUUCCUCACAUCCACAGUUCUCUGCAAAAGGAAGUCACAAGAAAUUCCUUAGGAAGAAACUGGUGACUUGACUCCAGAGUCACAAACCUUGUUCUACUCUCAUUUGACUUAUGAGCAAUCUUUGAUUUUUGCUCCUCUGGGGAAAUUGGAAAUCAUUAUAUUAUGGUAUUGUGGUGUUGGAAAUCAUUAUAAAUAUGGAUGACAUUUACUGGAGAGAGUAUUUCAGGUCUGAGUUUCUGAAAGAAAGUACAACUGUACAUUGAAAAUAGUAGAAGAGAAAACAGACCAUGGUUUAAUGAGAAUUCCUCAUUACCUCGUGUGCUUUGGCAGGGAGUGGGGAAAAAACUCAAAUUGCAGGACAGUCUCUCUAAGGCUCACUGUGGCUCCAGUUCACCAUUUUAUAGUGUUGCAUGUGUAGAACAUAGCUGUUGCUGUUUUUGUUUUUAAUUUAAGUCACUGAGGCACUGUUUUCUUCUUUUGUAAAAAUGAAGUUGUUCACUGUGCACUUAUAGAGAAAAUAAUCAAAAAUGUUGUGAUUUUAGAAGUUCUUUUUUUGAUAAACCAGAAAUUUAGAAGUCAUUCCAUUGUUAUUGUUAGCUUGUAAAAAUGUGUGAACAUAGAGUGGUUUUGGUGACUGCUACUCUAAAAGCUGCCAGAUCUUAUUCAGGGGAUGGGUGCAUCUAUCUAUAGACAUGUGCAUGUUGUAAGUGCGUGUACCUGUACACGCACAUAUGUAUGCAUACCUACCCAUGUGUGUGUGUGCAUAUGUCUUGAAAUCAGUGUUACAGAGUUCUGUACCAAAAACCUUUAUCCCUCAAACUGCUGUGAAUGAUACCUGGCCUUUCUCACUAUGAAUUCUGAUUAACCAACCAGACUACACAUUGCCUCUCUGUGUAUGACUAAGGGCUCCAGCCCAAUGACCCACAGCCACUUGCUUACCGUGGACAGGCUCCUCUUGGCAAUGAGAUGGAUAUGAAAAGACAGAAUGGCUCCACCAUUAGUUGCUGCCAAUGGUAAUACAGUCUUUUUUAGAAGAGCAUAAAAAAGAAUAUGAAAAUUGCUUUACAUUCCUUGAUCUGAACUGAGCUUGAAAUGAUUUGCAUGGUAGAUUAUUUAUUUUGCUUCUAUGUCAGUCAUCAGAACCAAAAAUCUAGAGGAAAAAACUACCAUGAAGAUUAAGUGAUGGGGGAGACCUUAUUGACACAUUCCAUGCAUUGGUUUAUUCCUCAGAUGUGAUGUUGGAUUUUAGUCUUGACAAAGCUUGCUAUCAGCACACUUACCAGGUGCCACAUUGUGCUAUUUGUGUGUUAUUUUCUCCUCUUACUUCCUUUGGAAAACAAACUCACAUGGCUUCCCUAUUCUGAGAUCUUGGUCUCAGUGGUAAUAAUUUUUUCCCCUUGGGAAUUUCUAUCUGAGGGAUUAGACCCAGUUUGGAAGCCUCUGUACUUGGCUAGACUGUGCCUUUUCAUUGGGAUAUUUUUGGGCUAUUGCCCAAGUCUAAUAUACAAGCCUCACAGCAGACAGAAGAUAGGAUGAUUAAUCUUUGCUACUGCAAGCCAACAGAGUUAAAAGAGCAGAUCCCUGGGUAAUUGGUCUUAGGCUUCUCCCUCAGUCUCUAUGCACCAUAGUCACCCUGUGCCUUCAUAGCUCUGAUGAGAGGCUGAGGGAGAAAACUGGAGAUACUUUGGAGGGAAUCAAUGAAGAUGCCUGUUCCCUGUAGUUCAGAUAAUUGGUAAUUCAUUUUAAUUCAUCUGUCUGCUGCUGGAGAUUUUUACUUUAAAUUUUUAUAGACAGUUGUGAGCUCUUUUGUAGUAACAAAUUGGGCAUGACUAAAAGGUAAACAAAAAGAUGGCCACAUGCAAGUUUAAUGUUCCUUGAGCCUAAAGAUGACCACAUGUAGUUAAGGCCCCUGAAGACCUCAUGAUGAUGCAGAUAUGCAGGCCUGUGCAGCCAUUCCUAAUGUUGCUACAGCCUAGUAGAUUCAUCAGUAUCCAACGCAUCCUGAAAAUUCAUCUGUGCAAGCAUACUCUGUAAGCCGGUGCUCAUUAGUAGCUUCUAGCAACAUUAUUGACAUAGUACAUGUUCUAUCAUGGGGAGAGAGGGUGGAAGAGAGAAGAAAGGUCAAAGAGAGAGAGGAAGAAAAGAAAAAAGAAAGGAAGUUGGAAAGGAGGAAGGAAGGAACAAAGGAAGGAAGGGAGGGAGGAAGGAAGGAACGAAGGGAAGGAAGGAAGGAAUGAAGGGAGGAAAUAAGGAAGGAAGGAAGGGAAGAAGGAAAAAGAAGGGGAGGGAAAGAAGGAAAGAAUAGAAGGACCCAAAUUCCUAAUCUAUUCUUAGUUCAGCUAAGAGAGUGAGGGCGAAUCUUUUCGAGACCAAGUGCCAAACUGCAGCCCCAAAUCCACUUCUUUAUCACAAAGUGCCAACACUGCAACUAAACCUGAAUACUGAGGUUAUAGUUUAGAAAAAUAACUCAUACAUUAACAUGUUUUGUCUUAAAAGAAGAACAGUAACACACAUGCAUAGGCUUGCCAUCACUGAGCUAAAAUGCAACAUUAUAAAAAAUGAAUGGCAAACUUGUAAAUGUGAAGUCAUUCUUAACAGUGCAAUGACUGCAGUAGUACAUGUGGAAAUCAAAACAGCCUAUACCCAAGCAGGCAAUGGGUUGUGAACUGACAAUUAUUCUGUUUUAAAUCAUUUAUUUCCAAUGUUGUGAAAAACCAAAAAUCCUAUCCUAAGCACUCAAAACAGUUCUUUUCAGCUGGGGAUUUAGUUCAGUGGCGUCAUGCCUGCCUUGCAAGGGCAAGGUCCUGAGUUUGAUCCCCCGGUACCAAAACAAAACAAAAAACAACAACAAAAAUAUUUCUUUUCAAAAAUUACUUUAAAUUCUCUCAGCUCUUCUAGAGCUGCUCUGGCUGUAUACUCCCACAUCAAAUUUCCUCAUCCAGUGGAUAAUUUUUUGAUGCCUACCAUAUGCAAUGCACACAUAUCAUCAGAUCUCCAGUACAAAAUUGAUUCAGCACAGAUUGUUCAGAUGUAGAAUGAUAAAGGAGUUGUAAUCCCUAAAAGCAAGAACCCUGGGAAUCUCCUGAUCCUUAGACUAGAAACCUUUCAGCUAAUAUAAAAAUGGGCCUGGUUUUUCUGGAAGGGAGAACUGAGGGUCGCUUUUAGCUGAAAGUUGUCUCCUGUGAAAGGAUUAUUGUCUUUUUUCUUACAGUCAAAUAGUAGCAGUUUAUCACUUGGAAUUCUGUAUCUCCCACCAUUUAAAACAUGUGAGAACAUUUGUUUUGAUUUCCAGAUACAAAAGUCCCUUGAAAAAUAAGAGAAAGGUGGAGAAAACAUUUUUUUGUCCUACCCUAGCCUCAGUCAUCAUAACUGGCUCUCUAGACAAAAGGAACACUUCUGGGGGUGGAGGGAAAUGAGGUAUCCAUAGUGAGCCUGCAACCCUUAAGAGAAAAGCUCCAGAGCGUGAAGACAAUUUGGCCUCCCUCCUCCUUUUCAGGCUUUUGUUGCAUUCCUCACAGAAGAAGUUCACAAAUGCUGGAACAUGGUUUGCUAUCAGAAUGAGAAAACCUGAAGUGAAAGGAAUCUAGGGUUUUCCUUUUUCCAUGAUUCUAAUUAUAAACCUGCAGGUUGCUCAGAUGCUGAUAUUGCUGAUGUUUGAUUGGACAGACAAUAGACACACAGAGUGCAGGUCCUGGAACAGAUGGUCCUAUAGUGCCAAGAGCUAGUUGUGUUAAGAAGCCCUGAUUAGGUUGAGAUUAUCCAUGGGGAAAUGAUUUCAAAUAUGGAGGGAUUUGGGAAGAAUUUGUUGUCAUCCACCAGGCAUAUUGGACUAGGACACAUUGCAUUCAGUAAUAUAUGAGUAAAUUUCUUUCUGAUCCUAGGACUUGGUGAUUUCCCCUAUGGAUUAGGACAAACAACCCCCUAGAGGUCUCCUGUACUUACAUUAACAAGCUACUUUCAUCAUGGACACUGGUGGGAUGCAUUUCCUAUAGAUGGUUUAACUACUUUGGGUGUCUAUGGAACAGUAAUAUAGCAAUGAGGAUUCUGGAAGCUAUUUAAAUGUUUUCCAAAGGAACAAGACCCACACUGCUCCCCAGAGUUCAGUUCCUGUGGCCUUACAGUGAGGAGCCAGGGCAAUAGAUUGCUGGGUGCUUAAAAUCCUCCCUCAACAAAACCUUAUAGGCACUUUAUAAAGAACUGAGGAGUGAGCAUGCACUCUCGGUGGGACCCUGUGUGGUGUGUGUUCAUGCUGGACUCAUUGCUCAACUCUACAUAAAAAGUACUAAAUGUGGGGUACUGGGAAAACCAAAGAAGCAGUGGCUGCGAUACCAAAGUUGGCAUGUGUUCAUUUUUUUAAAAAAAGAAAAUGCAUAUAUUUUUAAAUA